CACGACGGAAUCGACUCAUAAUGGAGUUGAAAAUAAUCAUUUUAUUGAGUAUAGUGAUAAUUGUCAGUGAAUGUGAACAGAAAUGCGAUAAAAUGCGUGAACUUGUGAGAGAGAAACGUGCUAAAUAUUACUCCAAUCCACCGCAGCGGUUCUACAGGCGUCCGCCUAUGACGUACCCCGUCAAAGGCCCGUUCUCUUACACCCCACCGCCUUUUGUUACGAGUGACAACGCAGACCCCUUCCCACCAAGCAACAGACCGCCGAAGGUUAGUAAAAAAGUUAGAAACGACGGUCUGGGAGAGGAGGAUAUCAAUAAUCUCGUUAAGUAUCUGUCUAAACAAGACCUAGAUAAGAUAAUAGAUAUAGCUUAUGAGAAAGAUAAACAUAAUAAUGUACCUUUUGAAACUGGCCCGCCGAUUAAAGAUGAGAGGCAAAGAUACUAUAAAUUAAACACGGAACAAUACAAAGAUGUGCCAUUUGAGUAUGCCAAUAAUCCAGGUGAUAACUAUGAAGUUUACAAAAGCGUCGAUAAUAUGGGACAGAAUUUUGCAAGUCCUGAUUUAGGCAGCAAUGAUCAGAAACCUUAUGAGAUCGAAUACAAUAGUCCGCCACAAGAAAAUGUAGUACCCAGAAUCGUCAACACAAAUCCAAAUUUUAAUAUUGUAGACUCUGUGAGCACACCUUUUGAUGUUCAAGAAUCUAUGCAACAUAGUCAUAUAACAUCCGUUCCUACAUUCUAUAAUAAACAUAUACAAGAUAUAUAUGAUACCUCAAAAGCAAAUGAUCAAAAUCAAAUUUAUACAGACAGUAAAGUCAUGAAUGAAGAAAUUCUACCAAGGCCAGUGAAUCUAAGAGAUGAUGAAUACAUUGUAUCGUUUACUCACAAUGUGCCUAAUGUAGUCAAAGUAGAUGAAUCAUAUAAAGUGGAAAGUUUUGGAGAUCUGCCCCUGAUGAACUACAACUCUAAACUGGACUCUGUCAGCUCGUACCAUGUACCUCAUUACACUGUCACGACUUCAAACAAGAGACCUUCUCCAUCAUACAGCGCUCCACAAUCAUCAUACAGCGCCCCGCCGUCAUCAACAUACAGUUCAUCAUCAUCAGACGUUCCUUUAGAACCCGCGCCUCCCGCGUCCGAGGCUAAAGCCCAAAGCGACGCCCACCUCAAAGCCAUCAGAAUCUGGACUCACAGGUCUAAAGGCACCGCUUACUACCUCCAUAGUGAUGGGACUUUAUCGUUAGAGAAACCACAAAAACCAAAACCGUACGGAUCAUAGAAUAAGUAGACAUACAUACA